AUGUCUCAGUCAACGUUGGAUAUCAAUCAGGUGCGGGGUAGCUUCCCAGCCUUGAGCGUCGAUCAAGUCUUCUUUGACAACGCCGGUGGAAGUCAAACACUGGGCAAGGUGAUUGAUUCCAUACGUGAGUACCUCAGCAACACCAAUGUUCAACUGGGUGCAUCCUAUUCCACUGGCCAAAAGUCGACUAGUUUGUACGACAAGGGAUAUGAGGCUGCGGCAAAUUAUAUCAACGCUUCAGUUGACAACAUUGUCCUGGGAUCAUCCACCACCCAACUAUUCCGUAACCUAUCCCAGACCCUCAACUUCAACCAAGGAGACGAGAUCAUCGUCUCCAAGAUCGACCACGAGGCCAACAUAGCCUCGUGGGUAGACCUCGCCGAGCGACAGAAGCUGGUCUUGAAAUGGUGGCUCCCGUCGCAGGCCAGCCUCGACGCAUCAUCGCCCAAGCUGGAGCUGGCCGACCUCAAGGGCCUCCUGUCCGACAAGACUCGGCUCGUGACCCUAACGCACGCGAGCAACAUCCUGGGCACCAUACACGACGUCAAGGCCGUCUCGGCUGCGGUGCACGCGCAAAAUGACGAGGCGCUGGUGUGCGUCGACGGCGUGGCGUAUGCUCCCCACCGGCCCAUUGACGUAGAGGCCUUGGGUGUUGAUAUUUACUGCUUUUCUUGGUACAAGGUCUAUGGGCCUCACAUCUCCAUGCUCUACGCCUCGGACAGAGCCAAUUCCAAGAUGAAGUCUCUGGGCCACUACUUCAACCCUUCAAAGACGGUAGAGGACAAGCUCGGCCUCGCCGGGUCCAGCUAUGAGCUCGUCGCCUCGAUUCCCCAGGUUGUCGCCUAUCUGGCCGGCAAAGAGGCCGCCAUCGAGAAGCAGGAGACUCUGCUAUCCGAGGCGCUGCUCGAGUACCUCAAGUCGCGGGACGACGUGACCAUCUGGGGCGAAAAGUCAUCCAAUGGUCAAGUCCGCGUUCCCACCAUCUCCUUCACGGUCAAGGGUUGGGGAUCACAGGAGCUGGUGCAGGCCGUCGAAAAGGGGACCAACUUUGGGUUCCGAUGGGGUAGCUUCUACUCGGUGCGUCUUGUUGAGGAGAUGUUGGGUCUUGGCCAUGACGGGAUUGUCAGGGUUAGUAUGGUGCAUUACAAUACCGUUGAUGAGGUUGAGCGUCUUGUAGAAGCUCUGGAUAAGACCUUGGCAUCUAAAAAGUAA